CAAUGUAAGUUGUUCUUUCACUGUAGCAGCUGCAGCAUUGCACUAAUAUUGAACACUCUUCAAGUCUGAUUGCAUGAUGCUGAAGGUUCUCCUUUUCUCCACAUUAUUGGCUGUUGUGCUAGCUCAUGAAAGUAGCAGUGAGAGCAAUGAACAUUUUUAUGAAAAGCACGCUCACUGCCCAAAUGUUACUGGUAACUCCACUGACAAUGCCUGUACAAUGCAUUGCACAAAUGGCACUAACUGCACCACUACGAACUGCUCAUCUGAUGCCAACUGCACCGGAAUUCAGAAGUGUUGCCAGACAAACUGUGGAAUGAAAUGUGUCGAUCCGGACUACCAGAUAAUGUGUGAUGACAAUGAUGACUGUCCAGGGAGCCUGACCUGCUGUAUGAAAAGUUGUGUCGCAGUGUGUGUGGCUUCCAAGCCUGCCAUUCCAGAAGGGAAGAAAAAGAAGGAACCGGAAAAAAGAAAAGGAAGAAAUGCAUAUAUGGACGAGUAAAAAAAAAAAUUAACGAUGGAUUAAGGAGGAUAAUUUCAGUUUUUCAGUUAAGGAAGUGAAUUCCUACUAUAAAGUUCUUUCAUCAUAGAUAACAAUGUAUGUUUGCUGUGUUUUAUUAUAAAUUCCCAUAAAGUAGCUCUUUUUUCUGUAUGUGUCACUUUCUCUUGGUAUAGGGACCUGUGUGGUCCUCAAUGCUUCUUGUGAUUACUGUAGAUCUCUAAUAAAUUCAUCUCACUUAAUAUAA